GGCAGGGCAGCCUUCGAGCCCGAGGCCUGUCCUUCAGGGAAGGAGACAUUGCCAGCUCCUACAACACACAGAGCCGCAGCGCCAUAACCUGCCCUGGUAACUCCUGCCUCUGGCCCAAGUCAGUGGAUGGAUUUGUCUAUGUUCCUUACAUUAUCUCUCCACAAUACGAUGACAUGGAUAGAAUCACCAUAGAGAUGGGAAUGCUGGACAUCUUACUUGAAACGUGUGUGAAGUUUGUUCCUCGCAGCCAUGAAACCAACUACCUGGAUAUACAGCCCAGGUUUGGUUGCUGGUCAUUCCUGGGUAUGACUAAAGGCCCUCAGCCCAUCUCCCUGCAGUCCCCUGGCUGCAUGUGGUCUGGCAUCGUCUCCCAUGAACUCAUGCACGCUCUGGGCUUUGUGCACGAGCAGUCCCGCUCUGACCGGGAUCGCCAUGUUUCUAUCAUGUGGGAAAACAUCAGGAAGGGUUUGGUUCUAAGGUAUGCCUUCUCAGAGGACGGUGGCCCAACCAUCAUCCCCAAACCAGAUCCCAACAUUCCUAUUGGUCAGCGAGACGGCCCCAGUGUUGUGGACAUACAGAAGAUAAACCUACUGUAUGAAUGUGGUGGCCUGGUGUAA